GGCUCCGGGGGAGCGGCGGCGCGGGCCCGGCCCUGCCCGGGGCGGGCUUCCCCGCAGCCCGGGGGCCGUCUCACGCCUCGCCGUGCCCUGCCUCUCCCUUCGGGAGCGGCGUUUGCCCGCAUGGCUGUGCUGCCCCAGCUCACGGCUGCGCUCCUUUCCCAGCCUACUGCUCAUUUGCUUCAUCGUGUCCCUGCGCAGUCUUCUCUUUAAAGGAUGCAAACCCUCUCCUUUCUCCCUCCCCGGCGUAAACCCGUUUUCAAGCCGCUUCAUGUAUUUUUAGACCUUCCAUUUUACUCCUUGAUGAUUAUCUCUGUUUUCUGUCAGUUUUUUUCCCUCCCCUUGCAGCCAGUCCAGUAAGAUGGGCUUCCAGGCUCGGCUGCCCCUGCCGUUGCCAAAGCAGCUGGUGGUGUUCGGGCUGGGAGAGUGGAGCUGUUACUCUCUGGACACAAGCAUUGCGGCAGAAGUGCUGGUGUCCCCGGGCAUCCCGCCGCAGCGCAUCGGCACGCUGGAGCCCACCCGCAGGUCACGGUCUCUGGUGUGGGAAGGUGACUGGAGGACAGAUAUUUUCAUGGCCUCAUUGAAAGAGAUGGACAAAGGCAACUCUGUGAAGCUUGUCCUGACUGUCAAUGGUCAGCUGCUGCGAGGUGUCUCCAGUAGUACCCCCGCCCGCCCCUUCCUCAUCCCAGAUACCACCCAGUCACCAGUGCUCCCAGCAGAUGAUGUUCCCCUUGGCCUGGACCUGGAGGAUCCUACUGUGGUUAAGAAUCAGAGCUCAGAGGUGACUGUUAGAGCAUACAGACCUGGGAGGAGGGACAUCUGCCCACCACUGAGGACCCAGGUGGUACCCCGUGCCCUGAAGCCACCAUCUGGUAAGGUGGAAGCCAGUGAGGCCUGGAGGAAGAGUCGUGUCCACCCCAAGAAGCCCAGGAAAGUUUUAUUUGAACCCACAGCAUCUGAGAGAGAUCUCAGUGAAGAAGAUCUGGCAGUGGAGGAGUUGCAAGGCAGUCCGAGCCCACGGUGGUGCCAUGCCAUGUGCCUCAGUGACCUGGGGACAGCUGUUCUGAUCGGUGGAGAAGGUGUCGAUCAGCAGUCCUGCAAGGAUGCACUCUGGAAGCUAGAAAUUGACAGUGAUUUCUGGCUUCCAGUGGGUUUGCAGCUACAAAAUACCAAGCCAUCAUGUCUGCGUGGUCACACAGCUACCUACGACCCAGACACCAAGCGUAUCUACAUUUUUGGGGGCAUAAGGGAGGACAAAGACUGCAGUGGCAUCUACAUUCUGGACACAGUCACCUGGAAAUGGCUCCUUGUGGCUGCUAAAGGGAGGAUGCCAGUACUUACCUACCACAGUGCAACUAUCUACCGCAAGGAGCUCUUUGUUUUUGGAGGGACUUCCCCCAAAAAGGCAUCACUGCCAGUUGGACCCUGCAGCAAUGUGCUCUAUGUGUUCAAUCCAGAGCAUGAAAUUUGGUAUCAGCCCAUCUCAGAAGGGGAGAAGCCUCUGCCUAGGCUUGGGCAUUCAGCUACUCUACUGAAGAACAAGCUGCUGAUUUUUGGGGGUCGGAGGACUUCUCUCUACCUCAGUGACAUGCACAUCCUGGAUCUGGGUUUCAUGGAGUACACACCAGUCCCCCUCCUCGCAGGACAGCCUUCUGCACGUUGUUUUCAUGCAGCUCUGGCUGUGUCAGACCAGAAGGUUUUGAUCAGUGGAGGCUGCAAUGCCAAGGGAGCCCUGCAGGAUGCCUUUGUCUUCCACCUAGAUACUCUUUCAUGGAAUACGGUGAUCCACCACGACCUCUGCUCUGUGCCCCGAGCUGGCCACACAUUGCUUGACCUGACUUCUGCUCACCUGGUGGAUGUGGACAAGGAGAACAAAAAGGAGCAUAACCUGCACACUGUGUUGGUCUUUGGGGGCUCCAACUGUGCUGGGACUUUUUACAACAGCACAGUCAAGAUCCAGCUGGACCUAGGAUAAUGCAUAGUACUCAGAAUGAGCCUGGAACAGCAAGGGAUCUCCACCAGCCUGAAUACAAACAUGGAUGGCAAUAAAUAAGUCCAAGCAA